UCCGCAACAGCCUUCGGAAGUCGGCCAGAAGUCCGAGUAUAGGUCAGUGCAUUCCCUUCACAAACUAAGCAAUUGACGAAAGGGUGUGAUAUGAGGAGGAGUAAGGCCGUCGGACUCAGCCGGAGGACCUGGUAAUUCAUGUAAUGGCACAUGCUUCCGAAUUUCUUUUGCGUUUGGUGGUACUCUCACAGAUAGUCCGUCACAGAAUCCGCGUUUCUAAAGGCUUCUUCCACCGCGAUCUACUCUUGCAGACUACUAACCCAUAUCGUCUCUUAAAAAGUCUGUCGCUCUUUCCCCACUCAUAUGGGCAUAGAUUGCCCCUCUUGGUGAUCCUUGUUCCCGUCCCCGUGGGGUGGAGCCGAGGUUUUUCGGCACAGAAGGUACAACCUUCACCAUUUGAGGCGGAACUUCAACCCGACAUCAUUGUGAAUGUUGCUGAACACGAUUCCUAUGUGUUUCAUCCAUUUUGGACAAUGGGAGGGAAAAGCGCUAUUUUCAAUUCACGUUACAUGAUCUUUAACGUUGAAGUAGGUAAUGUUGCAUCAUCUACAGUUAGCCUGUUGAAGCCAAUGAUGAUCCUUUACGACAAGACCUCCUAUAAUGCGACUUGGCUGUGACAUUUGACACGGGCAUAGGUGCAUCUUUAUCGUACAAAUUACCGGAUGAAGCCGUUCUGCUUGUGUGGUGAUUUCUGUUUCAGAUAGCUUUAUGCCAAGGGUGUGACAUACAAACAUUCUCAUUUCAUUGA